AUGGUUCUCUCCACACUCUCCCUCCUGGCUCUGGCGCCGGCCGGUAUCCUCGGCCUCGCCACGCCGUCAGCCGGUCUCAGUCGCCGCGCAGUUGACUGGAGCAAGUGGAAGCCCGGCGUGUCGUUCCAGAUCAUCCUCCACGAGCCCAUCAAGCACGACAGCACCGCCGACAUCGUGCCCGCCAACGCCGAUGUAUGGGAUAUUGACCUGCAGCAUGCCGAUACCUACCGGGACAUGAUUCCCACUCUCAAGGCUGCAGGGAAGAUUGUCAUCUGCUAUUUCAACGGCGGUGCAGUCCAGGACUGGGACAACGAUAUCGCCGAGUUUCCGGAGGAAGCUAUCCAGAAGCCCCUCGAGGGUUACCUGGACGAGAGAUACCUCGACAUCAGGAACAGCAAGGUCAUCGACGUGAUGAAGGCGCGUCUCGACUUGGCCGCAAGCCUCGGUUGCGAUGGUGUUGAUCCCGACAACAUUGAUGCUUGGGCUCAGGACGACGAGGACCCCACAGGCUUCAACCUCAAGGCUUCCGACUACGCCUCGUACCUCAAGGCACUGGCAUCCCACGCCCACUCCCUCACCACGCAGGAAGGCCGGGCCCUCAUGAUUGGCCAAAAGAACGCGCCCGAAAUCGCCCCGGACCUGGUUUCCACUGUCGACUUUGUCGUCCUCGAGACGUGCCUGGGCACCCGCACCUCUGACGAGGUCGAGCCUUUCUGCUCUGAGUUCCAGCCCGUCAUCGCCGCCGGCCAUCCCGUGUUCCAGAUCGAGUACCCCCUCAGCGUCAGGAACGGUGUCGCCAUCAGCCAGGUCGACUACAAUUACUUCUGCGUCAAUAAGAACGGCAACGAAGGGUUCAGCGAGGUCAUCAAGCACGCGAGCGAGCAGGUUGACGGCUGGGGACAGUUUUGCGGCUUGGGCACGACGGGUGGCCGUUUCGAGACGCCUACUUUUGACGGAUAG